GAUGCUUGUUUUUAGGUGCAGCAAGUUCGCUUCGGCGCCGUGCUGUGCAGCUUCUGUUUGUACCUUGAAAUGUUGUACCAAUGGCCCGAUUUUGGUGCUUUGUGAGAUUGAGAUCUCGUCAGGCUUGUACUGAGGGAGCUGACUUUUCUUUAACAGACACGUCGCCUGCUAACGUAAGUAAAUAGGGAGGGUUUGUCUGCCCUAGAGUGUCAUUUGCUGCGGGAAACAAGACGCCAUUGCGUCGUCUGCUACCAGAACCGAAGAAAGGUGGAUCAUCUGUUACACACUGUAUGCUGCAAGUGAAACGAUAGAAAACAAAGUUGUAUUGGGAACUUCUGCUAUUUAACAAGGGGCACAAUUGAUGACCUGUGCUUUACUUGGAAGUGCCAAUUCAUUCUAAAGCGUCAUAUGCCUAGGUGAGUGGUAUCAUGUGACCACAGAGCAGCCGCUUGCAGCCAAUUUUGUUUUCUAUACCAGGGCAAGUGUUCUUAACGGGAUUCUCUCCUAUUCUUAGACGGUUGAUAGUUUAAAAAAAAGGCCGUCCUGAAAGCCCAGAAAAUGGCCGUUCAAACAAGGGUACAGGCACCAAGCUAGGCCUAAUAGGCACGGACCUAUAUAUCAGAUUUUUAAACUGGUGCUUAUCGCAGCCAAGCGCAGCGCGUCUCGCGUGCGUCGCCGACGAAUCAGUAUUUUUAUUUCCUUUGAUUGUCAAAAAACAUCAUAAAACUUUGUGGGAGCAUUCAUUUUGACCAUACAAGCCAAAACUGUGAAGUUCUGAAAAUUGGGGCCCUGUCUCCUUUUUAGAAAGUUUAUUUGAUUAACACAUUUUUUUAAAUUAAAUUUAUGAAUAUUGCAUACAAAUUAUAACGUCUCUUAAAUUUUUACAAAAAUUUGAAACACUCACUGUGUCUGGCAACUGUUCCUAAGCUACCCAAACCAUCCGAAACACCUGAAGGUUCAAGCAUUCUUCUGAAACUUCCCGAAACCCAAGUUUCUGAAAAAGUUUCUUCGCAUCAUCGGUGCAUAAUGUUGAUCAGCAAAAUGGAUAAUGCUUUCUUAUGCCUUGGUUACCUUGCAGCCUUCGACGCUCAGCUGCUUAGGCCGUGAUAGACCUGCACAUCCAGAAUGGGCACCUACAGCAGCAGAACAGGGAACUGCAAGUCUGUUGGGCAGGUGCUCGGGCACGUGGUGUCUUUCAAGCACCAGGGAGAGCAGGCGAGGCCCGGGGAACAGGCGACGCCCCAGGAACUGGCGAGGCCUGAACCACCCGAGCUGUUCCUGAUGCCUCUCCGCAACAUGGGACAGCUUAGUGCUGCAGAAGCGCAGCUGAAGAACUUCACCAACAGGACACUGCCGGAGGAGCAGCUCGUGUCUCUAGGAGACAGCAAGAACCUGCAGAAGGUGGUGCGAGAGGUGGUGGGACGCCUGUUCUCAAAGCAAGUCCAGGAGCAGUUCUCCGGCCCUUCUGGGCUACCAAGGAAAGUCAAGGUUCAAGGACGCCAUGAUGUGUGCCAUACAAAGUUGCACUCGUGCAGCGUGGACGCGGUGCCGAAGUGGCUGACGGGCAGGGAGGCGGGCAAGGGCAAUAGAGUUAAAAAGACGGACACUCCACUGGUGGUUCCAACCGCCUUUGACGAUGAGGGACACUCUGGCUGAGGAGCUAGCUGCUAUGGAUGCACGAGUCACAAUAAAGAACGUCACGGUAAAAAAAA